CAGAGUAUGUAAUCUCAGGGUGGUGAUAAAUGUAAAGAGAGUGGGGAUGACUAUUAAAAUCUUAAUUUAAAAAAAGGAAUUGAAGAGCCAAAAAUCAGGUCAAACAAAAGGAUAUGUUGAUAUGACCCUUGAUAUUUGUUAACAUAAUUAACAACAUGGAGUGAGUAGUAGCUAAUAUAUAUAUACAUCUAUAUUAUAUCAAUGGAAAUGGGAAUAAAGAAAGGAGGAAGUUCUUGGCUUUCUGCUGUGAAAAGGGCUCUGCGCUCUCCCAUUAAAGAAAAGAGAAACCAUCAUCAUCAUCAACACGAAGAAGACGAAGAUAAGAAAAGGGAACGGAAGAGAUGGCUUUUCCGGAAGUCUACGAAUAACAGCAACAACGUCAUCCGCCAUGAAAGUGGUAGCGCAGUGCAGAGCAAGCAAGCGGCAGGCGCCCGUUGCGGCGGCGGAGCAGCAGAGGAGAGGCAUCAUCAUCAUCAUGUCAUUGCGGUGGCCGUCGCGGAGGCAGCGGUGGCGACCGCUCAGGCAGCCGUCGAAGUUGCCCGUCUGUCCAAGGCUCCUCCUCCUCCUCCGGCGACGGCGGCGGCAGAUUCUAAUGUACUGUCAUCGUCUUCAUCAACAUAUGCAAGGGGAAGGGAACAUCUCGCUGCCCUAAUCAUCCAAACUUACUUCCGAGGAUAUCUGGCAAGAAGAGCAUUAAGAGCACUAAGAGGACUGGUGAAGCUACAAGCAUUGGUGAGAGGUCACAAUGUGAGGAAGCAGGCGAAGACGACGCUGAGAUGCAUGCAAGCUCUGGUGAGGGUGCAGUCUCGCAUCCUCCUCCACCGCACCAUUAAUGGCCGACACCAACAAGUUGCAGCAGCUGGUUGCACAAUAUCAUCAACAACCACUCCCGCUUAUUCCCUGCCGCACCACCACCAUUCUCGUCGCCACGAUGACUUCUACUCUCCUGAUAGGAUGUCUACGUCCAGAUGCGGAGGAGGAAGCGACUACACCGUUGCAGUAGAGGAUUGGGAUGAAAGGUCACACACAAUUGAGGAGGUCAAAGCUAUGCUUUAUAGCCGAAAGGAAAUGGAAGCCGUUGCGUCCCUAAGAAGGCCCUGGAGAGAUUUGUCCCAUGCCUUCUCCCAACAAAUGUGGAGAGGGGGUAACAAUAAUCCAUCAACCAUUGACACUGAAGAUGAAUCUAGAGAGAGGCAACAAUGGCAAUACUCCCACCACUACCCUUCCCCUCCAACAAAGCUCAUAUCUCCCCAGUCUUCAAGAGAAGAGAGAAGAGCCAACUGCCUUGACGGGCGUGGGUCCGCGACAAUGCCGAGCUACAUGGCCACGACCGAGUCUGCAAAGGCCAGGACUCGGUCGCAGAGCGCUCCCCGCCAUAGGGCACCAUCAAAGGUGCCCGAGAACGCGGGGCCCGCAAAGAAACGCUUGUCGUAUCCCGUUCCAGAUCCUGACGCUGGAACGGGGUACUGCUUGAGGAGCCCGAGCUUCAAGAGCGUGGCUAGCGGCUAUGAGCACCACUCGAACUAUUCGUCGCCUCUUUACACGGAGAGUGUUGGUGGUGCGGUUUCUUCUCGUGAUCUUCGAAGGUGGUGGAGGUGAGUGACAACACGUUAACAGCGAACAACUACGUGGUUCGAGGAAAAUAUUAAAGUCACUCCGACUCUCGUCCCACCUUUGAUUCUAGAACAAUGCUAGGUUCACAAACAAAAUGAUCACAAAAUUCACAAACUUACCAUUUAUGGUUAAAAUUUUGAUUUUAAAAUUAUUUUAGACUCUUUAACUUUUUUAUUGA